AUGGCCACAGCACUGGCAGGCCUCUUCUCCCUCCGCUGGACCAACCCUCCCACGCUCCACCCGCUGCCUGACCACAUCUCGCGCUCUUACGUCUCGACGCCCGGCGGACCACUUGAACUGCUCUACGCCUCACCGUCUCAGAAAAGUAAUGCUGAGAAUAAGAAGUACCCCGUCCUCUUCGUCCAUGGGGGCUAUGGACGAGCAACGGUUUGGCUGGAGUGGAUGACGGUGCUCUCCCAGAAACACAACUUUCCCUGCUACGCCAUCUCUCUACGUGGUCAUGGCGCCAGCUACGACCCAGGCUACUUCUCCACGCUCUUCUCCACGACAACAGCUGCUAUGAUGGACGACCUUGUCGCCGCCAUCCACGAGGUAGAGAUUCGGGAGGGUCAGAAGUGUAUCCUCGCUGGCCAUAGCGCUGGAGGUGGUAUGGUGCAAGGUGUGCUGGACCAAAACCUCGCCGUUGCCCGCGCUCUGGUGCUGGUCGCGGCGAUUCCCAACUUUGGCUCGAUGGGCAUCUACUCGAACUGGUUCAGAUUAGACCCGUGGUUCCUCGUGCGUUCUUGCUUCCACCUACAGCAUCCACGCUCGCCACUCUCCCACCCGUCUCUCGUCCACCGCGCAUUCUUCUCUGCCGAAUGCCCUAUGUCUGUGGCCGAGGAUUUUUCCCACUGGAUGCCCAAGUACGAGUCCGUGCGCUGGCCAGGCGGUAUGGCGAGCCGCUUCGUAGACGUUCACCGCGUCCUCGCCAACAUCCUUGGGGGUGGCGACGGAGGUAGGAUCAAGGUCUUGAUCAUGGCAGGCGAGAAGGACAAGAUGGUCUCGCUCGAUCUCGUCACGCAGACGGCUGCUGAGUACCGGCAGGGCGUGAGCGAGUCAAAGGGGAGCGAAGAUCGUGGCAUCGAGAUGACGAUCACGCCUGGGGCGGGGCACCAUCUACAGAACGACGUACAGCGCGACGAGGGCGCGGAGCAGUUGGCGGCGUUUUUAGAAAGGCUGUGA